CCUGGGCAGGGCUCCAAGCCAAGCUGCUCCCAAAACUAUAUCUGGCCGUCUCUCCAAGUAGUCUGCACCAGGACCUGGGAAGUCCAGGACCUUCCACUCAGACACGAUGAGCACAAUGGUGCCUGUCCUGCUGUCCCUACUGCUUGUUGUGGGUCCUGCAGUCGCCCAGGACACUCAAAACAGUGAGUUGGGAACCAAGGGCUGGGUAUGGAGAAGAAUGCAGGGGAACGGAGUUGAUGCCAGGCUGACUGAUUUCUGGGGGGUCGGGUUACCUGCAGGGAAUCACACCAUGGAGGAAAAGUAUGGCUGUAAAGUUCAGAAUAACAACUACUGUGGGGCAUUCUGGACGGUUGCCUAUGAUGGACGGGACUACAUCAAGUUAGACACAGAAAUCCCAGCCUGGAUCCCCCUGCAACCAGAAGCUCUGAAAACCAAGGUGAAGUGGGAGACAGAAGGCUCUGUGCAUCGGGCCAAGGCCGCCCUGGAAGAAGAUUGCACCGGGAAGCUGCAAAGGUACCUGCAAUUCAGCAGGCCCUUCCUGGACCGUCAAGACCCUCCCUCUGUGUCAAUCACCAGCCAUAUGGACCAAGGAAACAUCAGGACCUUCAAGUGCGUGGCUGACAACUUCUACCCAAAACCAAUCAGUAUGUACUGGACUCAGGCAGACAGUGUAGUGGAGACUGAGUCAUGGGGAGAGGGUCCUCUCAGUGAGAAUGGCACUUACCAGUCCUGGGUGGUGGUGAAAAUCCCCUCUUCGGACAGAGGCCCUUACUCCUGCCACGUGCAGCACAGCAGCCUGGCCCAGCCCCUUACUGUCACAUGGAAUAAGAGUCAGUAAUUGGGAACUGAAGGCAACUCGGGGUCCAGAGACCAUUAGGCACCUUGUCAUCUGGGCAUGAGAGAUGAGCUCUAGAAUGACUGUCAUCGCCAUCAGUGAGGCCCAAAAGAAGCAGUGAAGGGGACGGAGAGGUGGUGAAUUUGGAGACACAAGACCUGAGUGCUGAGCACUGAGCUGACUCACUGCCACAUUCCCUCUCUGAACCCAUUAUCUAUUCUGUGGAAUCUAAUCACACUAAACAACUAGCCUAUAGGAAAAAUAAAUCUGAUUAUUGUAUGGCUAAAAUCUG